AUGGAGGGAGGCCAGAGGAUGAAGCAGCCGCAGCAGCAGCAGCAGCAGCAGGCUUCAGGCACAGUGCUUGUGUGGAUUUUCAAGUUUAAGCCGGAAGAGUUUAGCAGCACUAGCCGUCUGGGCUGUUUGGACUGUCCUGCUGCUGCCCUCGUCAUAACAGAGCCCAGCAGGUCUCACCGGGUCAGUGGCCACAGCGUCCGCAGGGAAGCUCUGCCCUUGAAAGUUCCCGGCCUGCGGAGCCUCCCGCACCGACCCUUUGGCCAGUACUCUUGGGCAGGACGCAUCAGGCAUUUCCUGACCCAAGAGAGGAGGCAGGGUCACUCGGCAGAACAGUGCUUGUCACCUGGGCUCGGCCUCCACAGGUGCCACGGCCAGCCCUCAGCCCCAGCCCUAGUUCCAGCCCCAGCCCCCAGCCCCAGCCCUAGUUCCAGCCCCAGCCCUAGUUCCAGCCCCAACCCCAGCUCUGGCCUCGGCUCCCUGCCUGGAGGAGGAGGUGGUGGUGGAGGAGGGGGGAAUAGGAUGGGCUUCUUCAGGAGAAGUAUACAGAAAAACAUGGUGUAUACCUGUCACCGGGAGAAGAGUUGCAUCAUCAACAAGGUCACGCGCAACCGCUGCCAGACUGGCCGGUUGCAAAAGUGCUUCGAAGUGGGCAUGUCCAAAGAGUCGGUGCGGAAUGACCGGAAUAAGAAGAAGAAGGAGGAGAAGAAGCCGGAGUGCUCGGAGAGUUACGUGCUGAGCCCCGACACGGAGGACAUGAUCGAGCGUGUGCGCAAGGCCCACCAGGAGACCUUCCCCUCGCUCUGUCAGCUCGGAAAAUACACAACGAAUAACAGUGCGGAGCAGCGUGUGUCGCUGGACGUGGACCUGUGGGAUAAGUUCAGCGAGCUGUCCACCAAGUGCAUCAUCAAGACGGUGGAGUUCGCCAAGCAGCUGCCCGGCUUCACCACGCUCACCAUAGCCGACCAGAUCACACUUCUCAAGGCCGCCUGCCUCGACAUCCUGAUUCUGAGGAUCUGCACGCGGUACACCCCCGACCAGGACACUAUGACCUUCUCGGACGGGCUGACGCUGAACCGCACACAGAUGCACAACGCCGGCUUCGGGCCGCUGACCGACCUCGUGUUUGCCUUCGCCAACCAGCUGUUGCCACUGGAGAUGGACGAUGCUGAGACAGGGCUCCUGAGCGCCAUCUGUCUGCUGUGCGGAGACCGUCAGGACCUGGAGCAGUCGGACAAGGUGGACAUCCUGCAGGAGCCCCUCCUGGAGGCUCUGAAGCUCUACGUGAGGAACAGGAGGCCCCACAAGCCCCACAUGUUUCCCAAGAUGCUCAUGAAGAUCACAGACCUGCGCAGCAUCAGCGCUAAAGGGGCGGAGCGAGUGAUCACCCUGAAGAUGGAGAUCCCGGGCUCCAUGCCCCCACUCAUCCAGGAGAUGCUGGAGAACUCCGAGGGCCUGGACAACCGUGAGGGCGGUGGGGCACGUGGCGGCGCGCGCAGCUGCAGUCCCAGCCUCUCCCCGAGCUCAGAGCAGAGCAGCCCCCCGGCCCCGUCGCCCUCACCCUCCCCCUGAUCUGGACCCACCUCUCCCUCCCCAACGCCCCCCCCCUCCACACACACACACACACACACACACAUAUAUAUACACACACACACACACACAUACUUUCACCCUGACCCCACCACACAAAAAACAACCAAACCAAACCCAGGCUCCUCUGGAGAGAAAGAAUGGGGAAAGAGAAGACACUUUCAGCGUGAAACUGGAGCCCUUUUAAGCAGGCCGUUGGGCCGGGCCGAGCUGGGUUGGGUUGGACUCAGCUGGACCCACACUCGGACCCACAGCUGAGUUUCUCUGAGUUUCCUCAGUUCUGUUUUUUGUUACUUUAACUUUGGGGAGAGCAGGGAGACUGAGGUCGGCGGGGUGGCUUUGGACAGACCACAACUGGUCAGUCACCUGGCCGGGCUGGGGUGAGGUGGCACUGAGGGAACACUGGUCCAAAGGACCUUCUGAUCCUCUCUCUCCAAACUGGAAUCGCAGUCCGGGUUCCAAACCUGCUGAGCCAAGCACCCGGGGGUCAGGCCCAGCCAGCCUUGUUCUCUACAGAUCCGGGUCCGACGCUGGUCAGUGCGUCCCCUCCAGUCUGCACAACCCAGAGCCGUCCGUCACCUUCAGGACCCCGCCUCUGCGCACCCCAUGGCCCACUGUCCAGCUCCAGACUGCUGAGCCGACCUACUCGCCAUGGGCAAGAACAGGAAGUCAGGCGUUUUUGCUUCCUGUAUAUAUAUGUGUGUGUGCGUGCGUGUGCGCUUGAUGGACCCCUCCUCACUUUAGGAUCCGCAGACCGCUGAGAUGCCGAUUGGCUGUUUUGGACUUUGGAGGGAAGGAUCAGCCAAAGAGAGGAGGAGAGAGAGAGGGAGAGAGAGAGAGAACCCUGCGGUCAGGCAGGAAAUCUCCCGGUGUCCAGAUGUUGUCAGGGACGUUUCAAAACUUUCGAAACCCUUUCUUUUCUAAUGAGAGCUAUAUGAAUAUAUAAAAUAUCUAUAUUGACAGAAUUAAGAACAUGAUGAACAUUUGAAUUGUCUUAGGUGGAAUGAUGCAUUAAAAUCAUUUGUUUUUCUUUCUUACUGAUUAUCGUCCCUCAGAGUUUAGAUACAGUUGUGUUGACUCCACCAUCAGCCCUCCUUCACACACUCACACACAAAAUUUGUAUUCACACCUUGCGGACUGAUGUGGUCACUUCUGGGACUGUUGCUGUAGAAGUGACUGGAUACUGUUCAUGUCAUGCACAUCAGGGGCACGGUCACUGACAAACACUGUCCAACAAACCAGUUCAAAUCACCAUGCUCACCAGCUGUAAAGAGUACUGUUAUGUUCAUGUCCACGAGAGAGACCGAGAGAAAGUGAUUCAGAAGAGGUCACUCUGACAGAGGGACAAGUAAGACACAUGGAAGAUGGCCUUGUGAGUGUUUUGCUCAGGUCCAGUCAGAUAAUGCAGAGAUAGGAGACUAUUGCCAAGGAGGACAUAAUGUGCAAAAUAUGUAUUCUUCUGUCAGUCUCUGGGAAGGUUGAUCUCUGUCGACACAUGUUAAUGCCUUUCAUAUGAACUUUAUUUCUUCUUCUUUGUGUUAAGUUUUCACGGGUGGGGCUGAGGCCUGUGGGGGGGGUUCUAGGGUUAGGGUUGGAGUGGAUGGGACUGGACUGGACAUGCCCGUAGAGCAGGCAUGCUAACAGCUUGUUCUCAAGAGAUAGUUAGUCCUCAAGAAUGGUGGUGCUCUCAUCCCAUGAUUAGGGUACCCAACCAAAACCAGCUGCAUUGUUUUCAGAGAACAAAUCAGAUGCUUCAUUUCCCUUUCCACUGAAUGUGAUGAACCCCCAACUGACACCGCCCCCCCCCCCCCCACCCACCCUCCCCCCAAUCCAGCCUCCCCACCCCCCACUCACUGUGUCUGUAUCAUGUCCUUAUUGUACAUGUGUCCUGAACAACAAUACUGCCUCUACUACACACACAUUCAGUGCACAGCACAGCACCGCACCCCACCCCACAACAUAACUGCCUCUAUUCUGUGCAAACACCUCCUAACUCCUACCCUGUACGGCUCCCUGUAAAGCUCACGUUUGUACGUUGAAAUAAAGUUUGGCUCACUGAAGCACCAAAGUGUGCCUAAAAUCACAUACUGGCAAAAGGACAUGCACUUUAGAAGUGCAUGGAAAAAGAAUGGGGUUCCAUUACUUCACAUUAUAGGAAAGCACUUCCUGUUUCUGCUUCAGUCUGUCAUUACUGGAGCCCAUUCAGAUUUGGAUCCUCCUGUUGAGGACUGAAUUAUUUUUGAAUUAUUACUUCUAGAAUUCUACAAAAACGAUCCAUAGUUUCAGUGUUCUUUGUACGGUCUAUGGGGAAAAUCUUUGAGGGCAAUUGUCGCAUCAUAGUGCGGAACUCUCAGUUUGCGGACAUUCUAAUCACAUAUUUGUGACCGUACUCCUCAACAGGUUAACCACAAUGUAAGGACAGGACACUGACUUUUUCACAGUCCUUUACUUAAGGCUUAAUAGCAAGCAAGUGUGUGAUUUCAGGGGCAACAGGUGAUACACAGACCUUAACAUGGCAUUGCUGUAAAACGAGCUCAAUGCUCAGUCAACCUCCCUGAAUAAGACAAUGAAUGAUGAUAGAGGGGGGAAAUCCAAUGACAUGUUAGCUUUGUGUGUUUACAGUGAGCUGUACAGCGUGUUUCUCCUCUCUCCUCCCCCACCAACGUCACUGCCUCCUAGCAGACAAUCACCUAACCUGUGGCCAACAGCACUGCCUCUGUGAACACUUCAUCCUUGUGUGGUCGAGCAAGCCACGGCCUCACUGCCUCGGCGCUGCGUGUUCAGUAGAACCGCGCUGUCCGAACACUUCAUGGGGUUUAGAGAAAAAACAAAAUAGUGAAUAAACAGCGAAAAAAAAAUAUGUGUAAAAUCACAAAACAGCUACGCAAAAUCACUGUGUCACAGCCAAAGCAGGGUCUCUCUCCCUCCCACACACACAUGCACGCACGAAUGCAAACACACCACAACCAACAUCAAUUUUCUCUCUUUUUCUUCUCGCUGUCUGUCUUUUCCCCUCUACCUAUUUCUCUCUUUCACACACACAAAGGAUGGACAGCUGCUCAAGGCGACCCUCUCACCCCUCACAAACAAGGCACAACUCUCUUCGCUCUUUUCCUUGACACUUGUACUACAGCUGGACGCACAAAAAUGAAACUGUUAUUAUUGUCAGAUCCUUGGAUGAAGAGAAUGAUGAUGUUUAAUAAAGAAUCAUGUUUUGUGUGUGUUUAUGAUAA